AUGCAAUUUAAUAAUCAAUAAUAGAAAGAAAAAAUAUUUAACUCUUAAAUAGAGUUUGAAUAAAAUGCUGAUUCUAAUUAAUAGAAUGAGUUUAUUAGAAGUGAUGAGAAUGUAUAAGAAUAGAAUGAUGAGUAAUUUAAUACUAAUUAAACUUACCAAACUAAUCAAGUAGUUAAAUAUAAUGAAAUAUUUGUUUUUGGAAGCAAUAAAUACGGUUAAAUUGGCUUGAGUGAAAAGAAUGCUGGUAAAAAUUUUUGUAUCCCUCGCUUUUGUCAUUUUAACAUAGUCUUUACAAGUGUAAGUUGUGGUUCUCAUCACUCAAUACUUCUUACACAAGAUGGCUACGCUUAUUCAAUAGGAAGUAACAUUUAUGGGUAAUUAGGUGCUGACACAAAUUAAAUUAAUUAUUCUUACACGCCAACACUUAUUUAAAAACUUCAAGACUAUAUAAUUACCAAAGUCGUUUCUGGAGCUUACCAUAAUAUAGCUCUGACUAACGAAAAUUAGCUUUUUUCUUGGGGAAGAAAUAAUGAAGGUUAAUUAGGACUAGGUAAUUUGUAAGCAUAGUGUUUGUAUUCACCUUAGCAAAUACAAUUUGAUAAAAAGAUCGUUAAUGUUUUUAGUGGAUGGAAUCAUUCAUUUUUUAUUACUAAAUAAAAUGAAUUAUAUUCUUUUGGUAGUGGUUUAUAUGGUUAAUUAGGAUAAGGAAAAUGUGAGAAUUCAAUCACCCCUGAUAAAGUUUUAUAUCAUGAAAAAGAUUAGAAAAUUAUUAAAAUUGCUUGUGGAGAAACACAUUCUUUGCUACUUAGUGAAUAAGGAUAGGUAUUUGCUUGUGGAGAAAAUCAAAGAGGAUAACUUGGACUUGGGAGAAAUAAAAAAGUGGUUUUAUAACCUUAAUAUUUAUCUAAUGAAAACUUGUUUGCUUCAGAAAGUAUUAUAGAUAUAGCUUGCGGUAGGUUUUCUGUUGCUAUUACAUAAAAAACAUAGUCUUUGUAUGCUUGGGGUCAGUUCUGUGAUACUGAUUCUAAUCCCAUAUACACCCCAUAAUUAGUUUUUUCAUUUAAUUCUCAAAAAGAAGGCAAAGAGUAGCCAGAGAAAAAUCUUGUUAAGAAAGCUGUUGUAGGUGGAGAUAGUUGCAUCAUUUUAAUGAAAAAUGGAGAUUUGUAUAGUUGGGGAAAAAAUUAAUUUGGUGAAUGCGGAUAAGGAGACUUUGAAAAUAAAUCAGAAACAUUUUAUCCAAUUAAUUUUUUGAAAGGAAAGAAAGUUUUAACCUUCCAUCUAGGAGAAGCUCAUACCAUAGUUUUAGGUAGAGAGGUUUAUUCUAGAAAUCUUGCAAAAAUGAAUAACAGUGACUAGUCUUAAUAAAUAUUUUCUAAUUGCAAUUCUCAUCAGGAAGUAGCUUUGAUAGAAAAAUCACAGUCUUUCAUAUGCAGUGAUUAUAUGAUUGAUAAUAAUAAUAAUAACGAGUCGUCAAAUUAUUCAGUUUAAUCUUCCUAAUAUGCAUGUUAAAAUAAUCCUAAUUAAAAUCAAAACUUAAAUGAAAAUCAUUAAUAAACCAGCUUUAUUCACAGCAGAUAGCAGUCAUUUUAAUAGAAUUAGUCUACUGCAUCAGAUAAAGAUGCUUUAACAUCAAUUUCAUAGCAAAAAUUUUAAUUUUAAUUAGCGAAAACACCUAAUUUUUUGAAUGAAAACUCUUCUUAGUUUUCUCAACAAUAUAAUUCAAGAUAAAAUCAUAAUAGUAAUUAACGAGAAAAGCUAUCAAUAGUGGUCAGAGAAAUAGAAAGAACCCACUCUCCAACUGAAUCAUCUACAAGAAAUACAAAUAUUUAACAUUAUUUUAAUUUUGGAAUGAAUUAAAACAACACUUCAUAUGGACAAAUUUAAAAAAAUAAGUAAGACUUUAUGUUAUCCCCUAAAAACUAGCUCUUACAAAAUAAUUAAAAGAAAUAAGAUAAUUAGCAAAAUCAAAAUAAUUUUAAAACGGAUUAACAGAAUUUAAGCUUUAAUUAAGAAAAUUUAAGUUUUAAAGAAUCAAAUCAAAGCUUUAAAGAAAAUAAUUAAAGUUUCAAAGAAUAAAACCAAAGCUUUAAAGAGUAAGAUUUAUAUUUUAAAGAAUAAAGCAAAAACGUUUAUUAAGAACAACUAAAUAUUAGAGGAGAUAAACAAAGUACAUAAGAUAUAAAUUAAAGCGAAAGUGAAGCAAAUCUAGAUUAGCAUCAAUUUAAUCUUAUAAGCGAAAAAAACAAUUUUUUUGAAAACUUUUAAUAGAGUUUAAAGCAAGUAAAUAAAUAAUAGAUAUCUUAUUUUAUUUCUGAUAAAGCCCCUAAUUAUUUUGAUUAAGAAAUAAAGUAAAGUGAAUUAAAUACUUCUAAUGCAUUGGUUUAAGAUGAUAAUUUUGAAUAAAAUAGAUCAUUUUAGUAAUAAAAUACAGGAAAUGUAAGAUUUUUAACUCCACAACCAACUGCUCAAAGCUCUGCAAAUUAUGAAACUUUUUCUUAUCAGAUUGGCGAUUAAUUUAUAAACUUUCCUCAUUUUGUUAACAAUACUGAAACAAUCAAUAUCAAUAAAUAGAGUUAAAAACCACUAUCUAACUAACACCAUUCUAGUUAAAGCAAUAAUAAUUUUAGUUAGCAAGCUUCAACAAUCAAUAAUUAGAGCAACUUGAAAGAAACAAAUUAGGAUAAAAUUUAUGAGUUACCUUUGUAAAUAAAGUAGGUAUCUAUCAAUUAAUCCUAAAAUAAUAGCUCAUAAUAAUCUCAGUAAACUAGAGUCAAUAAGUAUCUUGCUAAUAAUUCAGAAAAGAGUGUUGAUACUACUACGUGCUCAACUUAAAAUCCUUUAAUUCUACAAAGUUAAGAAUUUAGUGAGAAUAAAUUAUAUUUUGACGAAAAACAUGGCAAUAGUAUUUAAGUAAGGAACUAAAUAAAUCCUUGCGGAUAAAAAUUUAUCUUAGAAAAUGCCGAUAUGUAACAACAGUAGCAGAAUAAUAAAACAAAUGAAUUCAAAUUUUCAAAUUUAAAUGACAAAUUAAAUUAAAUGAACAGUGCAUUUUAAGGCUUAAUUAAAAAAUUAGCUCUUGAAAACAAUGAAAUCAAUGAAUAAAUUUUAAAAUCUUUGUCACAAACUUCCACCACAUCAAAAUAACUUGAUGAACGGAGCAAUAACACUUUCACCUCUUCUGGAAAAGUUUUAAUUACAAACCCAAGCGAUGCUAGCAUGGCUAUUGUAGAAAAUUAGAAUUUUUUUACACUUGAAACAAAUCCUUAUACAAAUAAUCCUAGCUAGAAUAUAAACAGUCAAAAUCAAAACUAAAAUUACUAAUAAAGCUCUCACUAACAUUUUUCAAGAGACAAUAUAAAUGGGAUAGAUUUUAAUUCAUCUUAGUGCUGCUUCUAAUAAGAAUUAAAUGAAAUAGAGUUAAGAAACAAUUUAAUGCAUCAAUAAUUUGAUAAGCAGCAAAAAAGUAUAUAAGAAUAUUUAUAAAACAUGAAGUCAUGUGAGUAAAAUGAGGUAGAAAAAUAAAUCAUAUAAUAAAACAUUUCAAAUAAUAAUGAUAUAAAUUAUUUCUAAUAAAAAGAGCUAAUUGAUUAAGAAAUAUAUAGGCAGUAGUAAGAAUUAUAAGAAAUUCUUUUCUAAUAAAAUAAUUCUAUUCUUACUAGUAUCAGUAAAUUUAAAACUGAAUACUAAGAAUUGUAAAACGAUGUCAAUAUACGAAAUAAAGUUAAAAAACUUGAAUAAUUAUUAGCUAAAACAGAAGAUUCUAAUCACUAAUAAGAAUAAAAUCAAAAGAGAAAGUUUUCUGGUUCAGAAAAGGAAAAUAGUUAAAUUUUUAGUAAAUUGAAUAACUCACAUUAAAUUCAACCACAAUAGUAAUAACAAAAAUAAAUAUUACAAACCAAAACAAAUUUUGAAGAUUAAAAGUUUGAUUCUCAUAUUUAAAACCUUUCAAUAUAACUAUCAUAAAAAGAGAGAGAUGUUGCUGAUCUACAAUUAAAUUUAGCAGAUAAGGAAGUUUAAAUAUCAGCACUCUAAUUAAAAAAUAAUAUCUAAUAACUUUAAAACGAAUAAAUGAAGUAACAGCUUGAAAAGGCAUUAAGUAUUAUUGAAAACUUUUAGCUAUUCUCUAACAAUUUCGCAAAGUUAAGACAAUGA